AUGAAGUUCACGCUGCCUGAAGACACGUUCCCGCCUGUGAAUUUGUCCAAGGAGGCGCAAGCUGCCUUGAUCGAGGAAGCGGAGACCGUCGUGCGGGAGACUAUUGCUGCGAAUGAAGAAUUCCUGGCCGGAGGAGCAACUUUUCAAGAUCCGAGGUGGAAACUCGUGCGCGCGAAGGAGGGACUGAGUGUGUAUCGCCAGCGACCACCGAAGUCUGGCGACACCCGGUGGAAGGACACUGACGGGGAGGCCUCGCCACCUGGGAGCAGUGUUCAGGACAAGUUGAGGCGUCCGGGGGUGUCUUUGAUGGUUUUGCAUGGGACGGUGGACGGAAGUCUGGCCGACUGCAUGUUCGGAACCUUCGCGGCCUCGAACCAAGCCUGGAUGUGGCGCAGCUCGCACCUCAAUGACCGCCUCGACGACGCCCGCAUCCUUGCGACUGUCAGAGGACCGACUCAGAGCGAUCCGUUCCGGUUCCUCGGGAUCAAGUGGUUCGCUAAGGAGCACCCGUCGGUGCUGUCGGGGAUCGUCCAGCAGAGGGAUUUCCUCACCAUGGAGGCCACGGGGCUCACGCGCGACUCGAAGGUCGAAGUAGUUGGCUACUACCUCAUGCACUCGGUCUCGCUGUCGGAAGUUCCUGAACUCUCGAACAUGGGCAUCGUGCGUGGUAACGUGAGCUUAUGCUUCAUUGAUCGCCAAAGCGGCCCGGGCAAAGUCGAGCUGUACUGUCGGGGUUUUAGCGACCCAUGUGGUGCGAUGUUGGACCGAGUGUCUGUAGCUAUUGCGUCCGACGCGCUGAUCUGCGCGGCCGGAGUCGUCGACUACGCGUACGUCAAGAAGCUCACGUGGCUCAUGAAGGAGAAGGGGGUCACGCAGCAACACGGGACUCGAGCCUCUCGGCCUUCUCACUGCAGCAACUGCUGCAAGAGUUUCACCAGAUUUGCACUGACUGGUGUCGGAUCGGGGGCCCCGUGCCACAUUUGCCGCCGCGUGGUGUGUGGGAAGUGCAGCCUGGUCAAGAAGAUGACCGUGGACGUGUCUGACACUGGGUCGGUGAAGCAGUGUGCUCUCCGGUUUUGUGUCGGCUGCCUCAUCGAAGCGAAGGAAAAGUCGGUCUGGGAAUUGGCGCUGAGUGGUGUCGAAACCUCGUCAAGAUGUUCAUCGAGUCCCAGAUUAGACUGA